GGUCAGAAGUUCGAGUCUCGACUGUUGUCUUCAUCCUCUUGAGUACCGUCUGCUGGAAGACGCCGCACGCCUCGGGACGUGAAACCCCGAAGAAACCGAAGACGCCGCGGAGAAACCCUAGAAGACUUUUUUUUGCUGACUGAGAAGACGUCUUGGUGGGAGUGACAGAAAUGUCGGACGGCGGUGGCGACAACCCCCGCCCGGAGCAGCUAGAACUGGGAGCUCUCGACGCCGCGGCCCUGGAGCAAGAGGAGGACGCAAACUCGCCGCCGAACUUCACCGACGUCGCGCCGACUGCGCCGCUCGUCAGACCGAUCCCGCAGAUCGACGAGACGCCGCCGUCGCCAGUCAUAAACGGGAAUCUCGUAUCGCCCAAACCGCCCAGCUCGGAUUCGGACUCGGAGGCGUUGCUAGGCGUUAACCUUCUCCGGCCGGCGUCUCCAGGGGCGAUCAGCCUUGCCUCUACCAUCUCGUACCUGGGGUACGGGAGCGACGACCAUAUACACAGGAAAAAGGUUACGAAGAAAAAGCGAUACCGCCGGUCUAAGUCUAACAUGUCGGUGCCGCAAACUCCCGACUCUGUGAGCGGGUCCGUCACCAUAGACUUCGACGAUGGAGGGUUCGACACCGAUUGUCGGUCAAAUAUGUCGGAUUCCUCCAACCAGGACAUCACGUUGAUGUACGCUUCUCAUGAGAGAAUUCCCAAGAAGGAUUUCCGUCACGAGGUCCAGGCGAAGAAAGAUGUUGCGAGUUUCCUGGGGAUGGCCCAGCUGAUGCUGGACAUGGUGGAGACCAGUCUGCAGGACAUCUUAGACACCAUGCUGGAGAAAAUCUUAAAAGACGAGACGAAAUGCACCAUGGCGUCCGCCAAGUCAGCGCUGUUCACACACGACUCAGUACGACAUUUUAGCAAAACAAUCCAGGGCACCAGUGAAACCGAGUAUGGCGGGAUCGACUAUGACCAGUCCUGGAUAUGUGCUUUCGCAUCGGUGCCAGACAUCAAGAAGCGUCACGUGGCGAUCGCCAGACUGCAGUACCCGCGGAACCUGGGGGAGACCAGCCAGGAGGUGCAGUUCAUCAUCCUGGUCAUCGCACCACGCAAGGAGAAAACGAUGCGUAACGCCCUGGAGACGGCGCGUACGUUCUCCUCCCUGUUCAUGUACCCUGAGAUUCGUCAGGAGCUGCUCGACUGUCAGGAUGAGGAGGAGUUCAUGGCAACGCUGAAGAAAACUGAGGAGGAACUUCGCGGGGGGGACAAAAUGGACAGGAGGAGGAUCAAAAUGGAGGCCAUCAAGUCAGCAGCAGCUUUUGAAAGACCAGGGAAAAUUUUGAAAAAAGAUAGAGUAGUCAAGAAAAUGAAGCUCAAAAUGGAGGCCAUCAAGUCAGCAGCAGCUUUCGAGAGACCAGGGGAUCAAACGUUUAAACCAGGAGCCGGCGUGUGGAAUGACUUGAAGAGAAGAGCACCUCACUACAUUAGCGACUUUACAGACGGUUUAAAAGGGCGUCGGUCCCUCCACAAGCUGCUGUCAGCUACAGUGUUUCUAUACUUCGCGUGUGUUCUGCCGUCCAUCGCUUUUGGCACGCUCAACGAGAGGAACACACAUGGAGAUCUGGAUGUGAAGAAGGUGUUCGUCUCCCAGACCCUGGGCGGUUUGAUGUUUGCGUUGUUUGGUGGACAGCCGCUGGUCAUUCUACAGACAACAGCACCAUUGGCUCUGUACACUAAAAUUAUCUACGAGUUCUCCCACAGCCUGGAGGUGGAGUUCCUGCCCAUGUUUGGGCUGGUCGGGCUCUUCAGCAGCGGUUUCCUGUUGAUAUACUCCAUCUUUGGGCUCAGCAGAGUCAUGAAAUACACAACAAGAUCCACAGAAGAGAUCUUCGCACUGUUCAUUGUUGUGGCAUAUGUGGUGGAUGCCAUCAGGAGCCUAACAGCAGAUUUCUACUCGCACUUUGACACAGAGGGCUGCAAGUUCGUGAACCUGACAGCGCUGAACAGCAGUCUGCCGGAGAACAGCAGCACUCUGCACAGCGUGCUGACCGACAACUGCCAGCCGGAGCGGCCGCUGCUACACAUGAUCCUACUACUGGGGACGCUGUGGGUGGGGAUUACACUGUACAACUGCACCAAGAGCCCCUACCUGACGGAGGGAAAGCGUGAGUUGCUGGCUGACUACGCUCUGCCCAUCGCCGUCGUCUUCAAUGGCUUCAUGGGAUCCUAUGCCUUUAGGGCUGUGCAGUUGGAGAGGUUCCAAGUGCGUGAGCGGGCAAUGUUCCAGAUGGUGGCCCUGGACAGUCUGCACCCAAUCGCCAUGGUGGUGGCGCUGGGACUGGGCUUCUGUCUCUCGCUUCUCUUUUUCAUGGACCAGAACAUCAGCGCGGCCAUUGUCAACAAUCCUGCACACAAACUGAAGAAGGGAUCAGCGUACCACCUGGACCUGCUUGUUGUAGCUGCCAUCAACACGGUUCUGUCACUGUUUGGACUCCCCUGGGUGCACGGGGCGUUGCCACACUCCCCACUGCACGUACGUGCGCUGGCUGACGUAGAAGUACGGGUGGACCAGGGACACCUAUAUCCCAUUAUUGUGAGAGUACGGGAGACGCGGGUGGCCGCCAUCUUGUCGCACAUCCUGAUCGGGCUGUCGCUCCUCCUGCUGCCCUCCCCGCUCAACUACAUCCCCCAGGCCGUGCUGAAUGGACUCUUCCUGUUCAUGGCGGUGUCAUCACUCACGGGCAACCAGCUGUUUGAGAGACUCAUGCUACUGGUCACAGAACAGUCGGCCUACCCGCCCAACCACUACAUCCGGCGGGUUCCCCUGGGGAAGAUCCAUAUGUGGUCGCUUUGUCAGGUGCUUCAGCUGGGCCUGCUGUGCGGGCUGGGCUUCGCACCCCUCAUCUACCUAGAAAUGGUCUUUCCCCUGGUCAUCCUCAGCCUCAUGCCCAUCAGACACAUCCUGAUGCCCCGGAUUCUGGACCCGAAGUACAUCGAGGCUCUCGACGCCUCUCACACAGACUUCCAGUGAUCAGCAAGACGUCUUCUCGGCUUUAAGAAGCAGCACAAGACGUCUUCAAGUCGCAAGAAGAACUCAAGAAUCCCCAAUACAUGUAGGAAUAAUCUCCAAGCAGAUGUAGGGUGGGGCUUGCUUUGCAUGGGGUUUUGUACGUCUUUCUUUACCUGUUUAUGAAAUGUUUCAAUUUGAAGUUUGGUAUUUAUUAUGAUUUUAGAUUACUUAAUGUUAUAUGGUCAAGAUGGCCUAUAGUGAAUGAUAAAUUUUUGAAUUGCCUAGAAGAAGUCAAUGGUUAAAUUCUAUAUGUCUGUAAAAAGGAUGCAAGUAGGCCUGUGACCAUCAUGUACUUUUCAUACCUGAUCAUAAUAAUCAUAAUGUGUAUAUUCAUUAAUUCAAAAACCCAAGUAAGAUAAGUCUAACUCUACAACUGUUUGGAGAUUAUAUCUUGGGCAAUCCUGAAAAGGACAAGGAAUAUAGGGGCUAAAAAAUUAAAGAGUCAGGUCGAAAAGUUAAUGAUGUCUGCAGUUGUGUAAAUCA